AUGGCAGCAUUCACCAAGGAGGAGUACGACUCCGGUGAAGUCAUGGACAAGAUCAUGGACAAUAAGCUGUCCCAAUGGAAGAAGGCCCGUGAAGACGGCAAAAUGGACUCAACUCAAUACAAGUCCUGGGCCAGUGAUGCUCCCAUUGCUCGUUGCGUUGACGGCACUGCUGUCGUCGAGGAGGGUAACCCUCUCGAGACCUUCCAAUGCAAGAAUAUGGACUUGCACGACUUCAAAAGCCACGCCGACCUAGGCAGCUCCGAAGGCGAAGGGUCCUCGUCUUGGGGAUGGGUGUCCAAGGAUGGUCGCGAGUUCGCUGCCAUCGGCCAAUUCGACGGGACCGCCUUUGCUGAGAUAUCCAAGGAGGGCAAGCUGAUCUACCUUGGCCGCCUCCCUGCGCAGUCCGUGGGUUCUUUCUGGAGAGAGAUCCGUGUCCUGGGCGACUACUGUAUCAUCGGAUCCGAGGCUGUUGACCAUAACGUCCAGAUCUUCGACAUGAAGAAGCUGUUAACCCUUGACCCGGAGGAGCCUACCAUUUUCUCUACUACCGACGACCUUACCGGUCUCUUUUCGGAGAAUAUUCCAAUCGGUCGCACCCACAACGUUGUCAUCAACAAAGAGCUGAACUAUGCCGUCGCCGUCGGUGCCCAGCCCCGUAAUGAUACUUGCGCGUCCGGAUUGAUCUUUAUCGACAUGAGCGACCCUGCCAACCCAACCAGCCCAGGAUGUGCCUCCUCUGACGGCUACGUCCACGAUGCCGAGUGUGUCGUGUACCGCGGCCCAGAUAAGCGCUACCAAGGUCGCGACAUCUGUUACGGAUACAAUGAGGAUUCCGUCACAAUCUACGAUGUCACUGACAAGACAGGCCUGAACGCCAGCAGCAUCAUUUCCCGCACGGCCUACGAGGGUGUUGCCUAUACUCAUCAGGGAGCUGUCCUGGAUCCCAUGAACCAGGAGUAUCUUCUCAUUGAUGACGAGCUGGAUGAAAUGAAUGAAAUCGAACCUGCUGCUGAUGGCUAUGCCGUCACAUAUAUCAUGGACAUUCGUGACCUUGAGAACCCCGUGGUCACUGGUCUUUACCGUCAGCCCGUCCGCUCUAUCGACCACAAUCAGUAUGUCUUCGGUGAUUAUGUCUACCAGAGCAAUUACGGUGCCGGUAUCCGCGUUCUUGACAUCUCUUCUAUUCCCAAGGACAACACUGGCGCCGGUGUCUACGAAGCUGCUUUCUUCGACAUCUACCCCGAAGAUGAUGCCAUCGGUGGUAUCAUCGAGUUUGUUGGUACUUGGUCUCACUAUGCCGGAUACCCAUCUGGCAACAUCCUGGUCAACACUAUUGAACGUGGUGCAUUCGUCGUCAAGAUCAACAAGCGUGAUGGUCCCGAGCCUACCAGCACAACUUCCAAGGCAGAGACCACCAAAACUACAAGCAAGACUGCCACCGUCUCCGAAACUACGGCCUCGACUUCUACCACCAAAUUCAUCACCAAGACCACAGAUACCACCACGGCAGCUGAGACCACCGGAAGCGUCUCUACCGGCCAUUACUGGGAGGAUGUUUCCGCUAGUGUUUCGGUCAGCACGUCCGGGAAGCCUUCGAAAUCUGUCGAAUCGCCUGUUGCCCCUUCCGUCACCGAUGCCGCUGAGUGGGAGGACGACGAUGUAGACUGCGAUAACGGUGAGGUCGACGACGAUGAUUGUGACGAGGAGGAUGAUUCUGUUGCAGACGGCAGUAAGCCUGAGUCCUCUGAGAGCAAGACCUGGGCCGACUAUGUCCCUGAGUCAACCACUCUCGAAACCAUUCCCGCCCCUAAGCCGACUGGCGAGAGCAAGCCCGUCAAACCCACCCCAGGAUAUGAGACUCCAAGCCCCGUCGAGGAGAAGCCUGCCCCGCUUGAAGAGACGCCAGCCCCUGUCGAGGAGAAACCCGUUGGUCAUGAGGCUGCCGAUGAGGGAGUCGAGAAGCCGGCACCGGUUGACGUAUACAAGCCGACUGCUACGGGCGAGAAAGUCGCCGAGUACACGGGCGCUGCCAGCAAGGGCGCUUUCAGCACUGCCUUUGGCGUCGGCUUCCUCGGCCUUGCCCUCAUGUGGUAG